AUGACCUCUGUUCGUCCUCUUCCUUCAAUCUUACGUUUCAAUCAGCUUUUCGCCGCCAUUGUUAAACUGAAGCACCUUCAACCACAUUCCAUCAUUAUCUCUCUCUUCGCCCACCUCCAUUUUUGUGGUAUUCGACCCGAUAGGCAUUCAUUGGGUAUUCUUGCCAAUUCUUACUGCCAUUUGGGUCGUAUCGAUUUCGGGUUUUCUCUCCUUGGUAAACAAAUUAAAGUCGGGUAUCCGCCCGAUUGUGUUACCCUUACCACCUUAAUCAAUGGCUAUAUCAAUAAUGAUAAGCUCCCACUAGCUGCUCAAUUGUUGGAUAAAAUUGUCGGGUUAGGUUUCGAACCGGACAUUGUCACCUAUGGUGCUAUAUUCAAAGGGCUUUGUAGGAUCGGCGACAAUGCCGGUGCUCUUGAUUUGCUUGAGAGAAUGCAGUCUGGAGGGCGUUGUAUGCCGAACCUUGUUAUAUACAGUACUGUAAUUGAUAGUCUCUGUAAAGAUAUGAUGUUACAAGAGGCUCUGAACUUGUUUUCUGCUAUGAAAAACGAGGGCAUUCAACCUGAUGUUAUCGUUUAUAACUCGUUGAUUCGAGGUUUGUACCAUUGUGGAUACCGGGAUGAGGCUAAGCUUAUGUUGAAUGAGAUGUUGGAGGACAACAUUGCACCAACUGUUGAGACUUACAAUCUGUUGGUUGAUGUGUUUUGUAAAGACGGGAGUGUUGAUGAAGCACAUGCUGUUCUUCGGCUCAUGAUUGAUAGUGGCGAGGCUCCGAAUAUCAUUACUUACAAUGCUUUUCUUAACGGUUAUUGUUUGCGUGGUCAGAUGAAUGAUGCGAAAAAGCUUUUCAUGGCUAAGAAUAGUUGUGAGCCUAAUGUUGUCAGUUUUAAUACUGUGAUUAAUGGAUAUAUCAAACUUAAUUUCAUUGACAAGGCUGUAAACAUAUUCCAGGAAAUGUAUCGGAAAGGGAUGACACCAAAUGUUGUUACCUAUAAUACUCUUAUUGAUGGAAUGUGCAAAGCUGAUAAACUCCCACUUGCACGGCAGUUGCUCUUGGAAAUGCAAGCUCGUGGAGUUGCUUCAGAUGUUUUCACGUAUGCUUCAUUGCUUGGUGGCCUAUGCAGAAGUGGCCGGCUUGAUGAGGCAGUAGCAUUGCUCGAAAAUAUGGAGGUUAAUGGUGUCAAGCCUAAUACUGUUGUGUACAAUAUCUUAAUUGACAUCUUCUGUGAAUCUGGACGCGUUAAAGAUGCUGAAAAUAUCUUCUGUCAUCUUCUGUCAAAGGGUCUACAGCCUGAUUGUAUAACAUACAAUAUAAUGAUUAAAGGCUUCUGCAAGAAAGGAUUAAUGAAUGAAGCUGAUGAUUUAUUGAGGAAAAUGGAGGAAGACCGUUGUUUCCCUGAUGAUAUUACCUAUAAUACAAUCAUCAGAGGCUAUAUUCUCAGUCACGGCUUGUCAAAGGCAUUAUACUAUCGUGAUCUUAUGAUUUCUGCUGCGCGAUGCCAUCCUCCUAGCAAAGUGGGUUGUCUUGAUCCCAGCAAUUAUUGUACCAAUUUUGUUCUCAUGGCAUUACUUGAAGAUAUGGAGGAUAAAGGUAUUAGGCCUGAUAUUGUCACUUACAAUAUCCUAAUGGACAGCUUGUGUGAGGCUGGGCAACUUGAAGAUGCAGCAAAAUUCUUCUCUGAUCUUGUGUUAAAGGGUCUGCAGCCUAGUAUUAGGACAUACAAUAUAUUAGUUAAAGGCUUUUGCAAGAAGGGAUUAAUGAAAGAAGCUGAUGAAGUGUUGAGGAAAAUGGAGGAAGAUAGUUGUUUACCAAAUGCUAUCACCUAUAAUAUGGUCAUCAGAGGAUAUAUUCUCAGUAAUGACUUCACAAAAGCAUUAUACUAUCAUGAUCUUAUGUUAAGCAAGGGGUUUGAAGCUAAUGCAGACACUUUCACAUUAUUUGUUGACCUCUUAUCUUCUGAUAAGUUAAAUGUUUCGUCUAAGGGUCUGCUUCAGAAGUUCCUAGAAUGA